AUGGGCAUGUUCGACCUUCGCGCGGUCCGCGAGACCUGGACCAUGUUUACCCCGACAGAGAAGAGAAACAUUGCCAUUUACAUCGCGGGUAUUAUGUUGUACAAAUUCGGCCUCGAAGCGUUCAACGGCUCCAUUUGUGUCGGUUCCAUUCUCAUUGCCCCGCUCAUCAGACGAUGGCCUACUAAGCUGGUCCUGGCCAUUGCCAUCAUGGUCUUUGGCAUCAUGACGGCCAUCCUUCUCAUCGUCGAUGCGGGCACCGGCGGCCGCUUCAAGCCGGACAAUUGGGAGGACACCCAUGAUGAAGAUGACUUUGGCUACUAUGGCAGCUACAACACUGACGGCAUCAUUCCCAUCUACUGUGUCAGCGGUAUCGUUUACGGUAUGGUCGAAUUGAUUCGCCGUGUUAUUCCUCGAGACAUUGUUGGAGGCAACGUUCAAAAGCUCCGACGUAUGGAUUCUCUCGUCCACAUCUUCUAUGAAGUUUCCGGCACCGGUGCCUUCGGCAACAACUACUCUUUCCCCGGAUACUCGAUCGCCUUGUACGGCCACAGAUAUCUCGAAAACGGCAUUGCUCCAGCGGUCGCCAGACGAUAUCUCGGCAACUCCGCCUGGUCACAGAUCAUGGUUGGAGGCAGCAAUUUCGGUGAGCUGCUUGGUGCUGGUUUCGUCUUCCUCUUCACCAAUCUUGUCCAAACCCCCAUGCCAUGGCUCCGACUCGAUGCACUGAUGCUUCUUAUUGUUUGGUAUCUUCCUUACUGGCACCCGCCCGAGGGUGAUGUCAACUAUGCUUGGAGAGUGGCUGGGACCUUCAUUCCCAUCUCUUUUGGUUGGGCGGCUGGUGACGUUUCCCUCGCCGCCUAUAUCCAGGCCUCUCUUGCUCGUCUUGAGGCUGAGAACAAAGACGUAUCCGCCCUUGGUGCUGUCAUGGCCUUCCUCCACUCGACCUAUAUCGUCAUCUAUGCUAUUUGCUCGCCGCUUCUUGGCCGAUACAUCGAUCGUGUCUAUGCCGACACAGGAGGCUCCGACAAUGGUGGUGAUAUUCACCGAGCCAUCCGCAACGUCGGCGGUGUUCAAUUCACAAUCAUCAUGGCCGUUGUGCUCUCGGCAACUUUUGUUCCUCGUGGGGCAUUGUCGAUCAAUCCCAAGAUGCUCAACGACGAGGUCCUUGACAAGGAUAUUGAUCACUCUGCCGAUGACGGGUUCGCCAAUGAGAAAGAGCGCCGAGCCAGCCUCGUUCAGAAGAAGGUAGAGGAGAAGAUAGCCGAGAGAAGAGAAUCCGUCACUCGAGUCAGUGCCGAUAUCAACGACACUUUCUCCCCGGACAUGAAGAAUAUCCGUGAGGAGGAUGGUGGCUUGCUGAAACCCUACGGCUGUGAAAUGAGACGAAACGUCGUCUGGUCGACGUCAAAAUGGGGAAGAUUUUGA